AUGCGCUGGACAAAAGGUAGAGGACCAACAAAUGUACCGCCACCGCCGUCUCUAGUACAAGGAGGACCGCCUCCACCGACGCCUGCCCAGGUUUCGCCGGCGCAGACGCCGGCGCCCCCUCCUGGAAACAUCUCGGCAGCGUUGCGUGCCAAAAAGGCCGCGAGCAAACUGAAACGAUCGACGCAGAUGGGCGCCUCUACAGACAUCUGCGUGACAGGGUGGACGGCUCUGGUUGCACGCAAGGAGGAAAGAGACAGCACGGAAGAAGCCCGGUCGCCGGUCGGGUCCAAGAGCGACGCGGGCCAGGGCAUGGCCGACGCAUUGGCCGAGAUGACCAAGAGAUCGGCGUACUUCCGGCGAAUCGAAGAGGACGCGGAAAACCACGCGGCAACAAUCCUGGAACUGAAAGACGCCGUUGGCUCGUUCCGCGCGUCCAAGGACGACAUGUCUGAGCUAGUGAGGUUCCAUCAGCACGUCAAGCAGCUACUCGUGUGCCUGACCGACGAGUCACAGGUUUUGGCCAGGUUCGAGGGCUUCCCUUCCAAGAACCUAGAGACUUUGAGGAUGGCGGCCGCGCCAUACUCAAAGCUGGACGCUGUCGUCGCCACGCUCAAGGGCUAGAAGCUUGCCGCCCCCGUCUCGCAGCAGAUGGACAGAGUCGAGGGCUAUUUCAACAAGAUUAAAGACGACGUGGACAUGAUAGAGCGGAACAAAGACGAGGAGAUGAAGAGGUUCCAAUCUCACAACAUCCACUUCGACUUCGGCGUGCUGGUCCAGAUCAAGGAGAGCAUGGUGGACUUGUCAUCCAGCGGCAUGGAGAUGGCUCUCAAGGAGAACCAAGAUGCUAAGGAGGCGAGUGUACAGUCAAGUACCCAAGCCACAGGCCUGUCGAGGAUGUUUCAGCUGGCCUUCCGGGUGUACAAUUUUGCCGGAGGCCAGAAUGACCGGGCAGAUAGGUUGACGAGCAUCCUAGCGCACGAGAUCGAGCGCAUCCCCUCUAAUAAACUCAUCAAUCUUUUCCCGUGUACGUGCUCUAUGUACAUAUUCUCUCCCUUUGUACUGUGCGUGUACGCAAGGGAGAUGAAAUUUCCAGGAUUAAAGUUCAGCCUGCGGUGA